AUGGAGGGAAACGCGCACCUCCUCCAGGUCAUCCGCAAGAUGCGGUCCCAAAUCAACAAGCUGGAGAGGGAAAACAGGGCCCUGAGAGGAGAGCUGCAGGUCUGCGGGCAGAGAGCUGUGCUACUGGAGAGAGGGGCAGCAAGAGGAGGUGGGAACGGCGACGUGAGGAGCCUCGCCGGUGGCGGGGAAGGACCAGCCGGCUCUCCAGCAUCCCGCCAUGGAAGCGUUGUGGCCGGUCCUGCUUCGGCAGCAAAGGAGCAGACAGAUACCGCCAUGACCGUGCGGCGCUACUCUGCUGCUUCACCAGCGCCCGCUCCUUCCAGCGCGAGGUCUCACCGAGCCGGCAAGCGGCCGCCGAGCAGCGGGCUGCAGGACGCGCCGGGCAGUGCCCAGCCACCAGCCCCUCCUGCUGCAGCACGGCUCACCGCUGGAGAGGAGAAAGGGCCUGAAAAAACGCCAGCCAGCUGUCUCUCCUACAGUCAUUCCAGCGAAAUGAAGCUGUUCCAGGAACGUGUCAGUAAGUGCCGGGGUAAAGUAAAGGCCGUUAGCUUCCUCUUACCAAUGGAUAUGUCAUCAUAUGCUGAAAAGCAAGAUUCCCUCAAAAGCCCACAAAAUCAGAGCACAAAACAGUUAACCACCAUCGCCGAAAAGGAUAUGUGAGCUGGUGAAUUUUUAAAGGCCCAUUGAUUCUCGAGAUAAAUUGGCCUUAAAUGAUAGCUGUGUGUCAGGUUCCCUUCCUGCAAAACGCUUUGGCAGGAUGCCUGCGGAGAGUCACCCGGCCUGUGUUUUGGGUCACUGGCCCGAUGUUUAGCAUGGAAAUGGAAGCCACGACACGGCCGGCUGGAAGCCCACGCACCGUGAUGGAGCCACGCGAUAGCGAAGGUGCCUCC